AUGAAAAGCCAGUACGCACGGAAUUUGGAAGUUGACUCUUCAGGAAGCUCAAAUCGGUCGGUAAGUAUUUUCCAUCACAAUCACAAAACAUAUUACGGAAAUGAUAUCGCAGCUAUCCAACAGAACCUAUGGCUCGUGGAAUGCCGGUUAGAGACCCAACCCAAAGUGAUGGUUGCAAAUUUGACUUUACGACAGCGGAAGCAGGUGAUCAGUCCGAUACCUCUACAGGAGAUGGCAGCGAUGAGGAAGCUGUGUAGAUUCACUACUCCAGGCUGUCCUGACUUUGAUCCACCCAAUGCAGCAGCAGUAGCAACCGCCACAGACAUCGAAAUUGGGAAUGGAAGUGGACGGGUCAGGAGAGAAGAGGAAAGAGAACCUUUAAGGGUUAGGGAAGAGGCGGAGAAUGAAGGUGGAGAUACAUCUCGCAAUUUGAGGGUCAUGGUGAAGUUCAAGCAUGUAUUCAUUUCAUUGCAAAAUAGCAUAGCAGCAGCGCACCGCAUCGCAUCUGGUAUUAUACUGCCCAAAAAAAUUCAUACUCGCUUUGCAAAAAUCCCGUCUUUUCGCUCCUCGCAUCAGGCCGUAAAGAUCAUUGACAGUCAUUCGUUCUCUUUCCCAAGUAAAGACAAUGGAGAACCCCCCCCCCCCCCCCCACCUCCAACCCGGUAUCCUUCACCCAAUAAACUCCUGAAUCGAAGCCAAGGAAGUACUGAACGCAUGAAGCUCCAACUGAAGCGCUGUCGUCGUCAAAAGAAAUUUCGUCACGCCGUCAUUCAUCGUCGUCAUGGCUUCUCGCCUCGGCAUUACCAGCGAUUGCUGGUACUACGUCCCAGUCCUGGUCGUGCUGGUGGUCCCAUGGUAGACUUUCUUACUGGACUACCAGUGCUACGGUCUGGUGCCUGCAUGUUUUGUGCAGAUUGA